AUGCGCAACAGUAUUUGGUCCUGUUCGUCGUGCGCCGUUUUUCUCCUCUCAGCGUUCCUAGCGAGGGAUGUAUCGGCAACGCACGUGGGGAGGGAAUGGAACCAUGUGCAUCGGAUUCCCAAGGCGCUCGUGACAGCGCGCGCGGUCCUCGGUCGGGAUGGCGGGGGCCAAGUCACUGAGAAUGUUUGUUCGACUGAGUACACCGAGUGCCCCGCCUCUUUGAGUGGCGGUUGUUGCCCGUCGAAAUAUGCUUGUGCGGUCGACUCAUGCUAUGCGACGACGGCCGGGAUCACGACGGCCUGCACAAGGGCAAAUUGGUACGCCUGCGCACCGGUAAAUGGAAAACCCGGCUGCUGCCCGCUCAACUACAUCUGUGACGGCCCUCAAGGCUGUCUCGCGGCUGUCGGCGCGACCCCCGUGGACCUACACUGCCCGACCAACUACUUUACCUGCGAGGCCGGGGAUGGGUGCUGCAGGAACGGGCUAGCCUGCGGUCCGGGUGCCUCCUGUUACUCAACAGACCCGGUGACCUCGACGAUCGUACAGACAAUCACAACAACGUCGGGCAAAGAAACCGUGACAACGACGCGGACCACCGUCACCGUCAGCACACCAACGAUUCCCACCGACUAUCGCGAAACCGGUGCCGCUGCUAUGUUCAUCCUGACAAGCGUGCCCAAGGAGCCCGCAGCGACCCCUUCCAGCUCCAGCGAGCCGAGCAGCGGGCUCAGCGGUGGAGCCAUUGGCGGCAUCAUCGGGGGUGUCGUGGUGCUCCUAAUCGUCGUCGUCGUCGCCGCUUUUCUCAUCAUCCGCCGUCUCAAGCAGGUCGAGACCAUCGUCGAAAACUCCAAGCGCGGCUCCUCCAGCGGCAAGAAGACCCGAUCCCAAAACCAAGCCCAAAUGGAACACUACGGCCGCCACUUGCACUCCGACAUGGACGACAUGAGCGUCGACCCCCUCAUGGUCCAACCCAGCGUCACCAGCACCGAAGCCACCUCCCAACGCAGCCACGGCCACGGCCGCAACCACAGCCACGGCUACGACUCCACCGCCCGCGGCCGCGGCGGCUCCCUCGGCUACACACCCUCCCCGAACCUCUACAGCCCCGCCGAAGCCGACGCCGAAACCCCCUCAGCCGCGGCAGCGGCAACCGCGGCCGCAAGUGCUAACUCAGACAGCCAUCACUCCCGCUCUCGCCACGCCAGCCCGGACCCAUACCAUUCACCACCAGUAGGUGGACAUGGCGGGGCCGCCGGGUACUUUGACAUCCCCCCUUCUUCGCGCAACACCCACAGCAACAACCUCCCCGGCGCGAUGCAACCGGCACGUAUGCGCGGCAACAGCGAGGUCUCGGCCUCGUCAGUCGGGGGAGGGGGGGCCGGAGGCGGAAAUACCGGCCGUAGGGGCUACUCGUAUACCCACUGGCGAUCGAUGAGUAACACGAGUGAGCUAUCCGCCGAUGGGAGUGAAGGAGGAGCUGGAGGGAGUAUUGUUGUUGCUGGUGGGCGGGGGGUUGUGGGCGGGACAACGCCUGUAAGGACGCCUGGGGCAGCAGCGGACGGGGGCGCGAGGCAAGGGCAGUUGAUACCUGAGUUGGCGGGGUCGGGCGGGAUUGUGGAGUUGUCUGGUGCUGGGGGUGUAGAAGGGGGAGGGAGGAGUAGAUCGGAUAGUGCGGCUAGUGGUACGGGGUUGGGAGUAAAUCAGGGGACGGGAGUGGGAGGGGGGCAGCCGUUGGCAUCGCUUGACGAGACGGUUGAGAUGCCUGGGCAUAUGCAUGGGCAUUAUGGGCCGCCGAUAUGA